AGACGAACGCAUUGGCGUGGCAGACGACUCACCGCGCAGAGGCACCUCGCUCUCUCCGCUUUUUCUGUCUCGUCUUCUCUAGUGAAAGUAGGGAUCGUUUCUCGUAUGCUAGGUAUCGUAGCUCGAACAGCAUUUUCAAAAGGGAAGAAAAAGUAGUACUGUCUAGUGUCUUCACCGGCUGCACAGCGCCGUCCGAGACUGACUUGUCGGUUCAUUGCCGCAUCGUUGUUGUGGUCGUUUCUCGCUCCACUCAGCACCGCAACUCACUCAGCAACAACAACAGCAAAUUGGCUGAGAAAAAGGUUACAAAGUCACGCCAGUUUUGGUUUGCGUCUUCCGCGAUGACCGUCUCCGACUCGAACGUUCAUGCGGCAGAGAAGGGGCCCAUGAAGAAGGCUCCGGCGAACGCCGAGGCGAGCGCCGCCGCCUCCACUGUGGAGGCUCCGUCACCAGCAGGAUCGGCUGCGCCACACACGGCGAAUCAAGCUGAGCACCACACCUCAAUCAUCGUGGACGAACCCGCGGAGAAGGCGACGUCAACGUCAACGCCUUCUUCUUCCUCCGAUGUUGCUGCUGCUGCUGCUGCGGCGGCGGCGGCAGAGGAGGAUCAACGCCGUCGACGUGCCCUCUUUGGCAGUCGCGCCAUGGCAGCGGGAGGCGGGCGCAGAGCCCUCUCCACCGAUCACAGCGCACACGGGAACCCUGCCUCUUCUUCCGCGUCUUCGUCUUCGCGUCACGCCCUGACGGCCUUCGGUGCCCGCCGUGGUGGUGAGCUGGCCUCCUACAUCAAGCAAGGAGGCGACUUGACCUCGCAGGGGAAGUACCUCGUGGUGGGGGAUGGGCUGAUGGCCCCGUUUAUGGCGCUGUGCCUGCGUGUGCACGGCCUCGAGUGUGAUCUGGCGCACCACGCUUCUCACAACGACUUGGAUCGUGGCACGAUUGUGCUGACGCCGUCCGUGACGCAGCUCAUGGGUGAUGUGCUGAACGUGUCGGUCCCGUCCGGCAGCGUCGUGGUGCCGCGUGCUGACCUUCGAUCACGUGGGCAACGACAUGUGCGACAUCGACCUCAACGAGUUCCGAGAGAAGGGCGAGAGCCCCACCUUUUUCUGCUGCGACCGUCUCAAGGUGGAGUCCGCGAUGUUGUCGCUCUGCCACAUUGGCACGCACAGCUGCACGGUGCUGCCGAAGCCGCUGAUCGACAAGGGCGGACUCGAGGCGCUGGAGAACGGCGGGGUGCGGGUGCGCUUCGCCAGCGGGGUGCAUCAGGAUUAUCUCGGUGUGAUCUGCACGGCCCGCAACCAAGAGCUGGUGCCCGAGCUGACCAUCACGAACGAGGAACUGCAGGAGCGGGCCGAGAACGCGGAGAAGUACAAGACGACGUUUAGCAAAUCCGUGCGGUGGAUGGAGCUGUGCGUGCCGCCGCUGCCGGAGCUCGGCAAGUUUGAGAAGCGCUUCACCCCGGGCUCGCAGGAGGUGGUGGAGAUACUGACGCCGCGGGAUGCGAAGAUGAUCGUGCGGCCGACCAUGAUGGCGACCAAGCUGUUUUACAACGUCACCAUCUCCAUCCCUGACGGCACCACCGACCCACGCCUCAAGAGCACGAGCACGAAGCUGUUCUGGGAUGACGUCGUGAUGCACUGGACCUCAGGGGUGCCGGGCUACAUCUCCCACACCAUGUUCCGGCCCAUGUUUACCCACCUGCAGCAGAACUUCACGAAGUCCAGCGCGCUGAUCUACCGCACCCCGCUCUUUCUCAUGCCGCACUGGUCGGAGGGCGGGGGUCGGGUGCUGAAGGUGGCGCACGCCGCGCACGGCUCGUGCUUCGACGCGGUCGACGUGUCCGAUGCGCAGGGCUUCACCGAUUGCUUCACGCUGGCCCGCACCAUUGCCGGUGGCGAGGAUGUGGGCAACUUCAUGAAGGAGCGGCGUCUGCAGGUGAUGGAGGAGCUCGACUACCACUCUCGGCUGACCCACUACAGCCUGAAGGAGCGAGGACAGAUGGCGUACAUGUGGUCGCGCUUUAACAUGAAAAUCUUGCGCAAGUACAAGAAGAGCUGGCGGUCGAUCCUGCAGAACUACGUCACCUUGAUGCCCAAAAACAUUCCGCGAUAA